AAAACCCCGAGUUUGCCAGCUCUUGCCCCUGUCCUUUGCCUCUCGUUUUGUUGGUGAAGAUAUCACAGUGAUGUCUGCAUUCAACCUGCUGCAUUUGGUGACAAAGAGCCAGCCCGUGGCCCUUCGAGCCUGUGGGCUUCCCUCAGGGUCAUGUAGGGAUAAAAAGAGCUGUAAGGUGGUCUUUUCCCAGCAGGAACUGAGGAAGCGGCUAACACCCCUGCAGUACCAUGUCACUCAGGAGAAAGGGACCGAAAGUGCCUUUGAAGGAGAAUAUACGCAUCACAAAGACCCUGGAAUAUAUAAAUGUGUUGUCUGUGGAACUCCAUUGUUCAGGUCAGAAACCAAAUUUGACUCUGGUUCAGGUUGGCCUUCAUUCCACGAUGUGAUCAGUUCUGACGCAAUCACACUCACAGAUGACUUUUCCUACGGGAUGCACAGGGUGGAGACAAGCUGCUCUCAGUGUGGCGCUCACCUUGGGCACAUUUUUGACGAUGGGCCCCGUCCGACCGGCAAAAGAUACUGCAUAAACUCGGCCUCCCUGUCGUUCACGCCUGCGGAGCGCGGCGCCGACGGCCCUGCGGCCAGCAGCCCGGCCCAGGCCGACCAGACGGAGCUGUAGAGGCCCGGACGCGAUGGAAACAAGUGUACUUAACGCGCAGCUUAUUAACAGAAUUCAGAAUUGUCUAUCUUAGAUAUAUUUUUAAAAAAGAAUAUAGGGGCAGUUUUGUGCUAUUGAUAUAUUCCUCCUUUUGCUUAAACAGGGGCCCUGGCCACAAUGCAUUUUGCCGUUGACUAGAUCGGGAACCGUUCAUAACUUUAGCGCGCCCAGACAGCUCCGUGAAACCCCUUCACAAGCCGCUUCAGUACCUACCAUUGGGCAUAGUUUUCUUCACACAUACAGCCGCUUUUGAGACUUUCCCCCCCUUGCUUAAGAGGCAGAGGUGCUUGGUCUUCAGACGUGAGAAUUGAGAUCUCCCGUGCACUGCAGGGCCCAGAGCUGAGGUGCGGGAGCGCAGGGCUCGGAGACCUGUGAGACACAUGGCCCGAGGCAUGUGCACAGAUAAGGAUGGGGUGACGUCUCCCGAGGCUGCUUAGCUUUGCGGACAGUUUGAGCUAAGGUCGUUUAUUCUCACUAAAAGGGUGUGAAGGUCUAAAGUCUUUCCUUAUGUUAAAUUGUUGCCAGAUCUGAGGGAGCGCAGGGAGUGUUGUGGCAGAGAAGUAAACAUUACCUCACGGUUAGGCCUUUAUUUUCUUUUCCAUUGAAAACUCCGGAAUGUAAGACAACUGUAAAACGUGGAGCCCCAUUUUGCCCAAAGUUCACAAAGAAGAACACCUGCCGUUGCCUUUUCUAAGCCCGUCCCCGCACGCCUAAUACCAGCUGCGUCUGCAAGGGCGUGCGGGUGGAUCCCGCUGUGCAAAACAGGGCGGCAGAGAACAGAGCAGGGACCAAAGAGGCUGUCCCGGCACCAGAGGAGCCAGUAUUAUGCAGGAGAGCUGGGGUCCUGCACGUAGCAAACGGACCCCAAAGGGAGGGACUUCGUGCACAGGUUCAGGUGAACUCAGGAAAGAGGAUGGGGGUUAAUGUAGAAACAGCCAGGGGCUCGAGUCCCACCCUGACACUGAUCUGCCGUGUGGCAAGAGACAAGCCAUUUAGCCUCUCCAUGCCUGUUUUUCAUGCGUAAACCGGGACCUACAAUAUUUGUAAAAAAUUGACACUCUCAGGGCAAAAUUAUUAUCUUGCUGUACAGUUAAGAUCAGUGUUGUGAAAUUAAACUGAUCUGGUUCUAAUUGCCUCAAAGGCUGAAACCCAGGCAUUUGAAAUGGAAAGAAGCAGAGAGGAGGUUGACUUAGCUGAUUGGUAUGGAAACAGUUGGGCUAAGAGCCAGAAAUUUUUCUUUGUAGCAGGAUGGCUGGUUUUACUCUGAGAAGCCCUGCUUGGGUGCUGUAUAACAUUUAGUCUGGUGGGAUGGAUGUCAUUGUGCACGGAUAUGAGCCGUGGUGAUACAAGUUGAUAUCGCCGCCGCCAGGUGUGCAGGUACAGUUUAUGGCUGACAUAUUUUGUGUCUGUAGCCUUGAAUGCUAAUCCCGAAAUGUAGUUUUUGAAAAAUACUAUUUUUGUAAAUCUUUGAAAGCUUAUACAAAUUGACAUCUUAUAUGCACCAAGACAAAAAUAAGAGGGACACUUGACAAUCUUAAAGAAAUAAUGAGAAGUUAAAAUGAAAAGUUGUGACACAUUGAGAUGUCAUUGUGGUCACCUCCACAUUCUUAUGUGUCCACCAGCUUCCUGGGGAGGCCCUGACAUCCCGGCGACUCUCCCUUGUCAUGGAUGCAGCAGCUUCGAGAUUCCAGAUAAGUUAUGCUCGGCUUCCCUCUGCUCCCAGGUGUUUCCCCUCAGGCCCUGGGGUCGCUCGGGAAUUUGCAGGUUUCACUCCCCUGUAGAAAUGAGAUAUAAAAUAUAAGAUCAUUGAAGCCUCAGCAUCCAGACUGUCUUAGAAGCUGUUCCCAACCUCACAGAGGGAGCCCUCACAUUUCCCAACGAUCCCAUGAGGAGUCGGCCAAAGAAGUGCACCUCCCGGGACCUUUCCUAUCACUGCGUGAGUCCGUCCUUUGGGGGCACACGUAGCACUUCUCACAUCGCUCCAGCUAGGUGUGGUGGCCUGCCCCGGGGCCCGCUGGACACGAGCCACAGUGUUGGGAUAGACAAGGAAGAUAAACGAGGGGCUUCUUUUCUCUCCCCAGAGACUCUGGGUUCUCAUUGUUCCUUCAUUUUUAUUGUAGGGCUUAACAUUUCCCUCAAAAAACUCUGUUUCUAAUCCUUAGUCUUUGUUUCACGGGAAGGCAGUUUUUAUCCUACCACGUUUCCCAGCAUCAACUUUAAGAAAAAUGUAACAUCCAUCGGAAAAAAAAAAGUGGGGUGUAUGCAUGUGGUUUGAUUCCAGAUUGCUUUUGAGUUUAAGUGGUAUCAAAUUUCAGUAUAUUUCUGUCUUAUGUUAAGGAAAUAUAUUACUAAAAUGUCAGUGAGCAAUAAUGUCAGCUGUCGAGCACUAGAUUUAUUUUUGCAGGAUAUGGAGUGCAAUGAACUGAGUCAAUAUGGCGAGGUGUAUGUGAUCUGUGGGAGUUAUGCCAUUUAGCAUAGGAAAUGCAGGGGACUUUCCCUCUCUGUGCCCAGACCUUACUCUACCGUUAGGAGACGCAGGUUUCUGCUGGUGUAUACAAAGUAGGUCCAGGUAAUCGUGCAGAAUAGAUCCAAAGAAAGCCGCAUAUAUAUUGUAUUAGAGAACAUUUCUAUGUGUUUAAACUUUUCACUUCUUAGAUGCAUUUAAAUUCUUAAUGCAAAUGACAGUAAUUUAAAAGCCUCUCCAUGAAUUGAAAUGUCUUGCUAUCAAAUACAGAACAUGAUUGAAGGGAUUAUCAUUUGGUCAGAAGUUCAAAUAUUAUUUUUGCCUUGGAUAGCUUUGUAAUAAUUUUUCUUCAAACAAUUCAAAACUUUUGAAAAUGAUGU